GUCAUACACGACAGGUGUGACCAGCAGGGUACUGUCUGGUUCCCUGGUGCUAUGCUGCAGUGCCCCAGCAGCAGCGGUCUCUUCUUCACCACCGCACAGACGAGCGAAAGAUAACAAAGGCGCACACGGACUGACUGCAGCACAUUUUCCUUUUUCUUCCUGUUCCUUCUUCUCGUCGCUCCAUCGCCCCUCAUUCUCUAAACCACUCCUCCAUUCGGCCUUUCUUGUCCUCCCUUUCUUCUUUCCCUCCUUCCUCCCCUCUUGCCACUAUCUGUUUCCGUCAACCACCUACUGUGCUCCUAGCACCUGACUCUCCCUCCUACUCUUCAUUCCACCACAAUCGAGUGCAAUGUCUCAUGCCAGAGCUGCGAAUGUCACUGACGACCUCGAGCACCUCGAACUGACACAGGAAGUAUCUGCUGCCCAAGCAGAGGACUCUCAAAACGAAGGUGACCAGCCCUCCUCGUCGCGGCCCCCUCUCAGCUCGUUUAAGGAUCCACGCCGGGUCUCAAUCAACUCUCUAAGCUCCAAUGCGUCCUCCUCCACCAUCAAGUAUCAGCCACAGCAAGACCCCUCCUAUUCUGGCUCAGGGACCACUGGAUCAACAACACCAAGACGACCCAAACCAUCCUAUCGCCAUUCCGCCUCUUUGCUCAACCCAGAUAACACCACGCCUUCUGGAAGUCGUCGUCGAAGACCCCCACCCGGAAAGAGACCCGAAUCAAGUCGCUCGUCUAUCCGACAGCGCAAUCAAUCCUCAGGCGACGACGACGACGACGACGCGGAAGAAGAACAGGAGGAGGCAGACGAUUACUUCGGGGAUGCGCGGUCUCACCACAGUCGGAUGCGACGAGCCCACUCUCGUAGGUCCACUCGCCCCUCACCCUCGAGGGACUAUGAUGAUCGCUCUCUGGACGGUCGUGAACAUCAUGGACGCCGUUCUGACGGAGACGUGGGCGAAUACGAAGACGAGGGCCACGGAAGCGAUAACGAACCAUUGACACUCAAGGAUAGACAAGAGACUCUCAAUCAAACACAUCCGUUCGGUCUGCCGCUUUGGAAACCAGCGCUGUACAAAAAGUCGCGAUCAGUCAUCCGCAAAGCUAAUUCCGCACUGCACUCCCAACCAUCUUCCGAUCUAUAUCUCUCGGUCGGGAACGUGCUCUGGACACUCAUCUUUGGCUGGUGGCUGGCCCUAGUGUGCUUCAUGGUUGCCAUUGUACUAUAUCUGACGCCAUUCGGAGGGAGUGCAUACGGGAGAGUUGUCCUUGGACUGAGCUACUACCUGCUAUGGCCCUUUGGGCAAUAUGUGGAACGGGAAUUGUCGCCCGGAGAACUCAGGACCGACAGCCUUCGAGCCUCAGCAGUACUGGAUUACAGUGGCCAGGAUAAUGGGGGCGAUGAAUCUCGACCCCUGCUCUCCAGGAGUAGUUCAGUGCUGGAGCGGGAACGUAAGGAGGAACGGCACAGACGCAUGAUCUCGACUAUCAGGAAUCUUCCCAGGCACAUCUAUCAUCUGGGUCUGGGAGGCAUCGUCUACUACAUCUUUUACUAUCUGCUGAUCGGACCGCUGCAUCUGUUCGUCUCCUGUUUGUGCUGGUUCAUGGUCGUCUCGAUCCCCAUGGGCAAGUUUACCUAUGUCCUGGCAACACACCUGCAUCGGCACCCACUGCAACUCAACUUUAAACGCGGCAGCUCCUUGUCACUUUCGCCUCAGCGGUCAGAAAUCCUGCUCUGCACUUAUGACGCGAUUGGAUUCCAGUACUACAAAUAUACCUACGACGGCACCAACAUUAUCUUCAUCAACUUGAUGCCCGUUGUACUCUUUACCAUUUUGGACGAGUAUGUUCUGACGCACUAUCUCGGGCACAACUCUAUGUUGACCUCUCCGGCGGUGAUCUUUUCACUGGGAUUGGCGUCAGUCAUUCCACUGUCGUACUUUAUCGGCAUGGCGGUCUCCUCAAUUUCUGCUCAAUCGUCUCUGGGUAUGGGAGCCGUGAUCAAUGCGACAUUCGGAUCCAUUAUCGAAAUCAUUUUGUACACUGUUGCACUGACGCAGGGCAAGGGGCUGAUCACGGAGGGGGCUCUUAUCGGAAGUUUCUUAGCAGGACUCUUGCUGAUGCCAGGCACGAGUAUGAUGAGUGGUGCUGUCAAGAAGAAAGAGCAAAAGUUCAAUGUCAAGAGUGCAGGUGUUACUGCGACAAUGCUUAUCAUGUCACUCAUUGGAGUCUUGACGCCAACUCUGUUUUAUUCAAUCUAUGGCCGAUUCGAGUUGCGCUGCACGCCAUGUCCUGAAUCAGUGCCACUGCCCAUCGAGGCUUCAUGCCAACGUUGCUACCACUACCAGCCCAACCCUGCGGAUGAUAUCUUUUUCCAAAAGAACGUCAAGCCGCUCAUGUAUUUUUGCUGCAUUAUUCUUCCCUCCGCCUACUUGAUCGGUAUCUGGUUUUCGCUCAGGACGCAUGUGAAGCAGAUCUGGCAUGAGCCUCAACAACCCUCGAUCCGUGACUCUUCGAUUUACAGGAAACUGCUCCCGACGCACAUUGUCCAGCAGUUGCUUCACUAUGGAUCCAGUACCCAUACGGCUCCAGUGCAUCGACCAGAUGGAGAUCCUGAGAUGGGAAGUCAACUUGCUGGAGAGUAUCAAUCUACGUCUGUCAACGGUAUGCCUGGAGAGAGACGUCCACCACACUCGGCACCGGCAACUAACGGUGCCGUUCCUACAUCGGCACUUCAUCCUGCUGCGCAUGGCUUGCUUUCUUCGUUGUCUAUGGAUCAGGAUUCACUCAAACAUGAGCACGAUGAGGAGGAAAAUGAAGAACAUGGAGGUCAUGACUCGCCCAAUUGGUCCAAGGCAAAGAGUGCAACUGUCCUUCUUAGCUGCACUGUCUUGUACGCCAUCAUUGCAGAAAUUUUGGUCGACAGUGUGGAUGCGGUGUCUUCGAUUGACGAAAAGCUGCUUGGAUUGGUGCUAUUUGCACUGGUGCCGAACGUGACGGAAUUCAUGAACGCGAUCUCGUUCGCGAUGUACGGGAACAUUGCACUGUCAAUGGAAAUUGGAUCAGCCUAUGCGCUGCAGGUGUGUCUGAUCCAGAUCCCGGCGAUGGUGGCGGUAUCGGCUUGGCUGAACUAUGGCAAGGUCGAGGUGUGGAAGCACACGUUCAACUUGAUAUUCCCGCGAUGGGAUGUGUUCAGCAUGCUGUUUUCAGUGUUCUUGCUGACCUAUACCUACAUUGAGGGGAAGAGCAAUUACUUUAAGGGAAGCAUCUUGAUACUGAGUUAUUUUGUGUUGAUGGCAGGGUUCUACUAUGCACCGGCGUCGCCCGGCAACGGUGAUGUGAGCAUUAUGAUGAGGCCGUAAGGCUUGCUGGCUUGCUGGAGUUUGCUACAGUAUCGUUUUCGGUGUGUUCUUCGAGUCUUGUACAUUUUUUGAAUGCUUCGAAUAAAGAAAUCUGCGGCCAUGACAAGCAUAGAUAAACG